GCUGUUUUCCCGUCACGUUAAAUACGGAUAUGUGUACAUCUUUUGACGCAAUCGCCGUACCAUACAUAUCUACAGAUCGUUACUGGAAAUGGCUGAUAAGCUAGUCAAGUACCCUAUAGCUAGUGUUGAGGAAGAGGAGAUAAUAGAGCGAAAAUGUCCAAGUGGGCGGAUAUUGAAAGUUAUCGGGAUGAACGACCGUUAUAGAGAUUUACAAUUUACCACCAGCGGUUUCAUACCAGAUCCAAGGUCACAUGUACCCAGCCUCAGAACCAUGGACAUCUACGAGGACGAUGUAUUGGUAUCUGCUUUCCCUAAGUGUGGAACUCACUGGGUUUGGGAAAUGGUGAAGAUGCUACAGAAAGGGAAAGCUGAAUAUGACAAACGUCCGAAGGAGGUGGCGAUGUUGGAGUUCCAUUCAAUGGACCUCUUACUGGAAGAGUCGAGACCGCGGUUAUACAACACUCAUAACUACCCUUCUGAGGUUCCCACUGGUUUCCUUGAAGGGAAAGGAAAAGUGAUCUUCUUGCUUCGAAACCCGAAAGACGUAGCAGUUUCAUUUUACAGCCACAUGCGUCUUUUGAAGAUGAACAAAGACCCAAUGAGCUGGGAUGAUUUUGUUUAUUUGGUAAUCACCUACGGAGGGGUGUCGGCAGAUUGGUUUGAACAUACUGUUAAGUGGGAAAACGAAAUGCGGAAAAACAGAAGAACAUACUUGUGUCUCUACUACGAGGAAAUGAAAAAGAAUCCACUUGAAACUGUAAAGACUAUAGCGGACUAUUUAGAAACUCCUUGUACAGAUUUACUGGCAAAGGAUAUCACUACGAAAUGUACCCUCGAAAAGAUGAGAUCCGCCAAUAAAGAUAAACACGAUGAUAGGAAUGAUAGCGGCCCUAAUCCGGAGAUGAGUAAUCCAGAUCAAAUGUACAGGAAAGAAAUGUCAGCAGCUGUAGUUGAAGAGGUACGAUUUGUGUCGAGAAAUCUUCAUUCCUAGAAAUGUCAGCAGCUGUAGUUGAAGAGGUACGAUUUGUGUCGAGAAAUCUUCAUUCCUAGAAAUGUCAGCAGCUGUAGUUGAAGAGGUACGAUUUGUGUCGAGAAAUCUUCAUUCCUAGAAAUGUCAGCAGCUGUAGUUGAAGAGGUACGAUUUGUGUCGAGAAAUCCUCAUUCCUAGAAAUGUCAGCAGCUGUAGUUGAAGAGGUACGAUUUGUGACACUUUACCUACAGCUGGUGAUAUCCCAUUAGGAAUGAAACGUUCUCGAAUAGGACUUCAAGUAACUAUGUACUUUGCAGGGGAAGUUGGAGACUGGAAGAACUGGUUUACCGUGGCACAAAACGAGGCAAUCGAUAGAGUUAUAAAAACGAAGAUGGAAGGAUCGUCAUUUAUUCUAGCUUAUGAAUAAUAACAAUUAUUGACAUUUUGUCUAUCAUUACAACGGUCUAGCAACCUGAGAAGUACAACUGAAUAUUAACCGGGGGCGAGAUGAAUAUCGUACUUCAAGGGUAACAAAAGUACCGAAUUGACUAAAAAAUAUAAAUGAUCAUUUUAUUAUAUGAUUGAAUGUUUUUUAUAUACAAAUACAAUUGCAAAUCUAA